GUUCCGGUCAGUGAGACUGUCAACUGGUAUCUACCAAUCUGAUCAUCAAAGAAUCUGAACGAUAAAAACCAACUUAAUACUUUUUUGCCUGCAACAUAAACCUAGUGGGCAACACGUGCUGAUCGUUGAUAAAGAGUUUUCUAUAGUAAUAUCACUGAUGGAUCAUCUACACGUCGUUUCUUAUAACUUGAAGUUCAGUCGACCCGCUAUCUUCAUGGUUUUCAUCGUUACAUUAGGAAUUUCAUGUAAUUUGGUAUCGUCAAAGAACAUCAAGUCAGAGACAUGUUCUCAAGUAGGAAAACCUGAACGAAAUGUAACGUUAAUGUAUGGAAUGCAUCACAAAAAUGUACAAAUUAACUUAAUCGGACAUGUUGGCACGUUAAAGGAGUGUGUGGAACUUGCUUGUCGCAGAGAGAACACUUCGCUUGCUUAUACUUCCAGGUUUGACUGCUAUAGUGUUGUAUGUAAAGGAGAUGAAGAACUCUGCUGGUUUUUACCCAGUUUUCAUAAUCCAACCCUCGUUUUUGCAAGAUUAGAAAGAAAAGUCAACGAUGCGAGUCUAGAGAGAACAGAUAAAAACUCCAAGAAAAAAGGAAAGAAACAACGUUGAAAUAACAAGAAUCGUGAUACAAGUAGAGAAGGAGUUAUUGUCAAAUGUAAAUAGUAAAUGUCACGUGACUAGAGUAGUCAAUGGCAGUCUUGCAAGUAGUUUAUAAAUAAAUUCUAACUGUAUUA